AUGGUUCUGUUGACUAUAUUCACCGGAUACGUGGUGACUUCCCUGGUUCUUUUGCGAUAUCCGAAUCUAAUACAUCGGCGGAAGGAGAUCAAAUUCAAGCCGAGAGUAAUUGGCCACCGAGGAGGUGAGUUUGAGAUCUGUAUCACUGGGGUAAAGGCUGGUGUUGAGAUGCUAGAACUGGAUUGUCAGCUCACCAAAGAUGAACAAGUUGUGGUUUGCCAUGACAACGACUUAGAAAGAAUUGCUGGUUAUGAUAUGCUGGUGUCAGACACAGAUUAUGAGGAUCUGCCACCAAUGAAACAGAAUCUGCAUGUCUCGUUUAGUAAAGGGGUCAAAAAAAUAACAUGUGCUCAAAAGAUAUCACGUGUUGUGGAUGGAAUAUCGCAAACAUUUCUUUCUAACUGUGAUUGCUUAAUGCAGGUUUCUGAUCUAGUGAAAGAGUACAAAAGAGAAGAGAUCACGGUAUGGGGAAAUGCAAAUCAACAAAUUGUUGACAAAUGCUAUAAACAGAAUCCAUUAAUCCCAGUAAUGUUCAGUAUGCGUAAGGUUGUCACGACAACCGUUUUCUUCUACUUGGGAGUUCUUCCAUUCCUUCCAAUAAAAGCGUCGUUUAUCGAAAUCCCAAUGCCGAUGAUCUUUAAGAAAUUUGUUGAUAUUGACACCAAAUAUGCACUUUUAAUCUCAAUAAUGGAUACACUCCUGAUGAGUAAGCAGUUAUUUCAACAUCUAAAUAAGAGAGGAAUUCAGGUAUAUGUGUGGGUUUUGAAUGAAGAAAAAGAAUGGGAACGAGCCUUAGACCUUGGGGCUACUGGAAUCAUGACGGAUUAUCCAACUCACCUGAAGGAAUUUAUGAGAAAGAAUAACAACCUUAUAAAACCUUGGGCUUGA